GUGGAAUGUUGUUUUUAAAUGUAUAGUUUUCUAUUCUUUCUGAAUAUUCAUGUUUUUGAGCCACUACAAUGGGUUUUGCAACGCUAUAGGGAAUUUGGCUGAUCAUGGAAUGGCUACACAAGGCUGCCUUGUUGCAAAGUUGACAGUGUAGAUCGAAAUUAUUUUCGCCCAAAAUUUUUAGUUUUUUUUGUCAUUACUUGCACUACAUCAUUGCAGUGGUUCUUAUCGUGAAAAGGCGUUGCAACGGGUAUUGCAUAGAAAUCCAAGAGAUAGUUGAAUUACAAGGGAAUGAGUGUCACUGGUAAGUGGAGGAGCUUAGAACUCUUCGUCUAUGGCAGAUCCAGCUAACAUUGUCGCUGCUGCCAGCACUAGCCGCCGCAAGCGUGUGCUGCCAACGCAGCCACGUGCUGAGGCCAAGCGUCUUAGGACCUCCUCACAAGAAGACAUCAGCCCUGAUAAGAAGAAUUCACACACAUCACAGAAAUCAAAACCCACGAAACCCGGACAAUCCACUUCAAAGAAGCACGACAAACAACAGCACGACUACAGCACAUCCACAUCAAAAUCUCUGGCCGAUUUACCGUCAACGUCUGCUACAAACGUCUUCAAGGAUAGAUCUUUGCAUUGGAAACCGAGCAAGAAGCAAUCCAAACACCAGCACGUUUAUCAGCCUGUUGGCAUCGAGUUUGAACACAACACGAGGAGCAGUCGCCACGGCCAAGAGUUGAAGGAGAAACACAACUUGAGGAACCACAGCACUAGUCCCUCUACCUCUCUCACCAACAUAUCAGAGACCAGUACUCAUAAAAGACACAAGAAACACAGAAGAGGAUCUUCUUCGCCUGCUGCGAGACACAACAGUGAGGAGAAAAUUGAUAAAGAAAAGGGAACAAGCAAAUCAAAGAACAAUACAUUCACUUUGGCUACUAACGAGUCAAAAGCAAAGCACAUUAAGCUGCACAAGAAGAGCAAAGCUAACUCCAGUUCUGAUUUGAGAUUUAGUUUUUCAUUGAACAGAGAUAGAUUUGAAGCUAGCACUUCAGCUGACAAUUUGACUUAUCCACAGCCCCAUAAGUAUCCACUGCGCAGCCAGGGCAGAUUAUCAACGGCUAGAGAAAUUAGCGGCAGUACUUCAACCAGUGGUGGCGCUAGUUGCGACUCUAUCGAUAAGUCCUCAUUAAGUAGUACUUUACACGGUACUACUGCUGCUCCUUUCGCAGGUGGAAGCAGUAGCGGAUCAAGCACCAGACGCGGUUACCAGGAUCGCUGGUUGGGCGUCAAACGGACGGCCGAGAGUAGUAGCAGUACAGCGCUGGGGGCGAGCGGCAGCCAAUCUUCGUCCGCGUUUAAGGACGCCCAUCCACCACCGCAGGCAGGUCCAGUUGCACCACCUCCCUCUGCUGGCGGUACCUAUCACCAACAGCACCACCACCAAUCGGCUGCGACGGUGGAGCCGUCCAGGCUGACGCGCAGCGGGCCGGUGCUAAGACGCAGCACAAGAAAUAGCAAAGGGCACAGUUCAACAACGGGUUCGUGCGCGAGCUCAAGUGGAGGCGGCGGAGGCGGAGGGGGCGGUCAGGCUAGCGGCGGCAGACGCUCAGCGAGUGGCGGCGGCUCCGCUGCGGCUGGGGCGGGAGCCGGUAGACACCAGUACCACCACCAGCAGACGAAAGGGGCGGCGGCCGCUGCGCUGAGUGGAGGCGGCACGGUGCCCGCUGCGCACUCGCCCGCUCAGCUGCAAGGAGCGGGGGCGGCCGCCGCUAUGGCAGCCGAUCACACUGAGAUGCCCAACAGCGGCUUAACUGGAUCCGAGGACCCGGCGAACCCUGCCGAAGCCGCCGCCCAAGCGAUGCCGGCCGGGGGUGGCGGUGCAGCCGGGGGCGGUCCUUCAGGUCCCGGGGGCGGCGCCGAUUCUGAGAGCGACGACAGCGAAGUUGGUCGGCUGCAGGCACUGCUGGAAGCGCGCGGACUACCGCCGCAUUUAUUUGGAGCUUUGGGACCCAGGAUGCAGCACCUGUUGCAUAGAAGUAUGGGCACCAAUAGCUCUGUUUCAAGAGCACAAGCUCUGCUACCCGGUCUGCAAGCCACUGGGGAUGAAGGUCAACAGCUACAAGCAGUGAUUGAGAUGUGCCAGAUUCUUGUAAUGGGCAAUGAAGAAAUAUUAACCGGGUUUCCUGUAAAGCAAGUGGUUCCGGCACUCAUUACUUUGCUGCAGAUGGAACACAACUUCGAUAUUAUGAACCAUGCUUGUCGUGCUCUAACCUACAUGAUGGAAGCUUUGCCGAGAUCUUCGGCCGUUGUAGUUGAUGCUGUACCUGUAUUUUUGGAGAAGUUGCAAGUGAUUCAGUGCAUGGAUGUGGCCGAGCAAUCUCUUACGGCUCUGGAUAUGCUAUCCAGACGACACUCGAAAGCUAUACUUCAAGCGCGUGGCGUUUCAGCCUGCCUGAUGUACCUCGACUUCUUCUCGAUCAACGCCCAGCGAAACGCCCUCUCCAUAACAGCCAACUGCUGCUUGAAUCUCUCCUCCGAUGAGUUCCAAUACGUGCAGGAAUCACUCCCAUUGCUCGCCUCCCGUCUCACCCAGCAGGACAAGAAGUGCGUAGAAAGCGUCUGCUUGGCGUUCUCGCGUCUGGUGGACAGCUUUCAGUUGGAGCCGACGAGGUUGCAGGAGAUUGCCAGCACUGAACUAUUGACCAACAUGCAGCAGUUGCUGGUCGUCACGCCGCCUGUGAUUAGCACCGGGACGUUUAUUACGGUGUUGAGGAUGCUGUCGGUGAUGUGCACCAACUGCCCCGAUUUGGCGUUGACGUUGUUGAAGCAGAAUAUCGCCGAGACGUUGCUGUAUCUGUUGACCGGAUCCGCGGAGGUUAAUCAGGACGAUAUCGAGCUGAUUCCAAGGCAACCUCAAGAACAGUUCGAGAUCACGUCGCUCAUCGGUGAGCUGAUGCCAAAACUGCCCACCGACGGAAUCUUCAUCGUGGACAGCCUCUUGGAGCGACCGUCCAGCGUGGCUAAGGACCAACCCGUGUGGCAGUGGCGCGACGAUAGAGGCUUGUGGCAUCCUUACGGAGCCGUGGACAGCCGGAUUAUAGAGGCAGCUCAUUUGACUGGAGACGAUGAAGUUAGCCUAAACACAUUGGGGCGGAUAUAUACUAUUGAUUUUCAUUCCAUGCAGCAGAUUAACGAGGAUACAGGUACCUCGAGACCUGUACAGAGAAGAUUCACUCCAACCAGUGUCCAGUCCAGUCCAGCCGAGCAGUCUUCGCAAACUGGCAGUGGACGCCCUUUGUCCGCCUCCAGGGACGCUAGAGUGGCAUGUCUGCGCGAAGAGCGUGGCUUAGCAGCUGCUUUCAUCCGCUCUUUGUUCUCCGUGCUAUACGAGGUGUACUCCUCGAGUGCUGGGCCAGCUGUCCGAUGGAAGUGUCUUCGAGCCCUACUCAGGAUGGUGUACUACGCGUCGCCGGAGCUGCUCAGGGACGUGCUGAAGAAUCAGGUGGUCAGCAGUCAUAUUGCUGGCAUGAUGGCAUCGAGUGACUUAAGGAUAGUCGUGGGAGCUCUACAAAUGGCCGAAAUUUUGAUAACAAAGCUGCCAGAAGAAUUCGGGGUUCACUUCCGACGCGAAGGCGUUCUACACCAGAUCAAUAGAUUGGCAGACCCUGAAGUGCCCCUAGGUGUGAGCCCGCCUAAGUCGAGUUGUAGUUCGACGUCAUUUUCGGCCGCAUUGAGCGAAUCGCAACCCAGUACUUCUCAGCCGUCUAGUAGCACAACGGUGCCAACGGCCAAUGGAUCUGCAAACUUGGUGAGUACCCCAGUAUCCUCGACCGUAUACACGCCGUCAGAGAAUCAGAGACUGCAUGAUUCGGAUUCGAACUCUCCAAGCCCGUCUCAUGUCAGACUCAGCGACGUAUUGAAGAGAAAAAGGGCUGCAAAACGUGCUGGAACUGCUAGUAGAUCGAAAACUAGACAUGAGGACCUUCCUCUGUCACCCAGCUUGGUACAGGAUUUGUUCACGAAAGCUGCUUCCAUAGGCAAUUCUACGCCGAGCAACUCUUCUAGGCCUAGAUAUUCUGGAUCUGGUUCGAAAGGAGGUUUUCUGCAAAGCUUAAAUCCUGCUAGGUGGGGUAGAAGCGUAAAUUCAACUCACGACCGAAACUACAGUAAAGAUGCACUGAACAAUCUCUCAAAAUCGGCUUCGAACUCGCAUAUAACUGCUGGAAAUCGAGAGAAGACUAGGACAUGGAUUAGAGAGCAAGCCUCGAAGUUUAUCGAUUCAUAUUCGAGUACAGAAGACGAACCCCACCCAGCUACAAACGUCAUAACGCGUUUGAAGCUAGCCAUAGAAAAGUUACCGACUGCAAAGUGCUCCGAAGCAUUGUUGGAGCUACGUGAUAUACUAAUGGAAUCCGAUAUAUCGCCGUUUGAGGUCAACUACUCAGGGUUGAUAAAGGCACUGCUUUCUUUCUUGGCUGAAAAUACCGGAUCUUAUGACCGGGAACAAAAAUUAAGGAUACUGCUUAAUGUGUUCGCAAACUGCCCGCUAGAUUCGACAGUGUCUGAAAUUUCAGAUAUAAAUUCUACUUGGAUGAGCGCUCUAGUGGCUAAGUUGAACGGUUGUGUUUCUCAGUUGGAGCAGUUCCCUGUCAAAGUACAUGAUUUGCCAGCUGGGUCUAGUGGAAGAGGUGGUACUAGCGCUUUGAAAUUCUUCAACACACACCAAUUGAAGCUUCUGAACAACCAUAAUUUCAUAUGGAUGGAAAUGGAGGUCCAAGUGUAAGAUUCUGCGAACUGAAUGGUCUGACAUUCUCAGAGCGCGAGCGUGACGUACCGCUGAACGGCGUGGGCUGGUUUCCACCGCUUGUUUGCACUCUUUCAAUGUUUUCCGGGGUUCGCACCGUUAGAUCUCUUCCCCGUGCAGUCCCAGGUCUCAACGAUCCGGUUGUUUGAAAUUUAUUCACCCACUUCAAAAUGGUAUCGCGUCUUGGAACGCGACCAUGCCGACCAAUGUCAAAAUGGUUUCGAAAUCGUCGCAGUGUGAGGACAACAGAACGACCAGUUUCAAUAAAAGUGUUGUAAAUAAACACGCGAUGUGCCACAGACCACGGCUACCUAGCUACUAAAAUGGCAUCGCGGAACGAGUAGAUAUCAACCAUCGUGAAAACAUUCCCUUGACAUUGCUGCACGUAACAGUCGUUUCAAAAACACCAUACUUCAUUGCCGGACCCUGUAUUUGCCACGACGUGUGAAUAUCGUCUGUCAUUCUUGUCUAAUUGUGUAGCCUUUCUGGUGAGAUAUUAUACUGAAAAAGUGUCUAGACGUAGCAGAGUAUUGCCAAGAUAUAGCCGAUCUAUAACUGAUAUUGCCAAGAUAUAUUGCCAUAAUUAUAGCCAAAUAUUGCUACAAAAAUACUGCUAGAUUAGAUUCUCCAUGAUUUUCGCACAGGCAUGGCUUUCAUUUGAGUUGGGGUAUCCAUCAGUGAUAUCACCAAAUAUGUGUGACCUGCAGUCUUGAAAACAAAACAAAAUAUGUUAUUUAGAAACCAGCCCAAAUUUCCAAUUUCUUUCAGUGCAACUUGCAAAGACAUCCAGACUGCACAAAUUUGAAGAUGUGGAAAGGAGGUACUGUAAAGAUCGAUCCUUUAGCACUGGUGCAAGCCAUUGAACGGUACUUGGUUGUAAGAGGUUACGGUCGUCUCAAAGAUAAGGAUAGCGCCGAUAGCGACGACGGAGACUCCGAUGAUGACAUCGACGAUACUCUAAUUAUGAUCUCGUCCACGGGCAUGCGACACAAGUUACAGUUCCUAAUAGGCAACAACGUCCUGCCCUACAAUAUGACUGUUUACCAGGCUGUGAGGCAAUUUAGCAACAACGGAAAUGACCAGAGCGAGACGGAUACUGAUAAUGAAACUCCGUUAGGCAAUGCUGGAAUUUGGGUCCAAACUCACGUAAUAUACUAUAGACCAUUAAAGGAGGAGUCAUCUUCAUCUACUAAAGGUAGUGGAAGCGGUAGUUCUGGCCAUUCGAGUAGAAAAGGCAAAGGCUCGUCUGGAAAGAGCACAUCUAGGCGUAAAGGAGAUGAGCUAUGGAAUGAGGGUAUAGCCCCAGCGAUCCAGUCGCCCUUAGCUCCGUAUCUAAUCACACAACUUCCUGAGACAGUGACCAUCCAAGAUGCGUCACUGGAAGUACUCUGUCUGUUACGAAUCUUGAACGCCUUGAAUAUAUACUGGACGCACUUGUAUCCAGCCGUCGAGCACAGGCACAUCAUACCUCCUGUAGAAUUUUUGAACAGCAAGAUAGCUGCCAAGGCUAGUCGUCAGCUGCAAGAUCCCUUGGUGAUAAUGACGGGCAACUUGCCAAAUUGGUUGCAACAAAUCGCCUCUGUGUGCCCGUUCCUGUUUCCAUUCGAGACGAGGCAGCUGCUGUUCUACGCGACUUCGUUCGACAGGGAUCGCGCCUUGCAGCGUUUGCUCGACAUGUCACCAGAGCUCAGUUCGACCGACUCGCAGGAGAGGGUCACUCCAAGGCUGGAUAGAAGGAAGAGAACUAUUUCCAGAGAAGAUAUACUCAAGCAAGCGGAACAGGUGAUGCAAGAUUUGGCGACGUCCAAAGCUUUACUUGAAGUGCAAUACGAGAACGAGGUGGGCACUGGAUUGGGACCCACCUUGGAAUUUUACGCUUUAGUCUCCAGGGAGCUUCAAAAGACUAGCCUGGAGUUAUGGAACGCAAGCCAAAGUGAAGGGGAGUAUGUACAUAAUCCGAUGGGACUGUUUCCCAUUCCAUUAGCGAGAAGUGCGAAAGUUAACCAGAUUACAAGAAUCAAGAGCAAGUUUAGGUUCUUGGGCAAGUUCAUGGCCAAGGCUGUUAUGGAUUCCAGAAUGUUGGAUCUUCCAUUUUCAACUACAUUCUACCGCUGGUUGCUGGGCCAGGAACAGUGCCUCUCUUUGGCAGACCUGCAGUAUGUAAACCCGGAAAUUUAUCGGACAUUGCGAAAAAUGCAGACAUUGGUGAGAGAGCGCGACGUCAUCUUGAACAAUCCCGAUCUUACACAGGAGGAGAAGAACGAGCAAAUCCAAAGUUUGGAGUUUGACGGUUGUUCUGUAGAAGAUCUCGGCUUGGACUUCAUUAUACCCGGCCACAGCGUGGACCUGAUGAAGAAUGGUCGAAAUACUCACGUGACCAUUAAUAAUCUGCAUCUGUAUCUUAGGCUGAUGUCUCAUUGGAUAUUGAACGAGGGUGUGGCGAGACAGAUGGAGUCUCUCAGAGAAGGGUUCGAGUCGGUAUUCCCCUUGCAGAACCUACGCGUGUUCCAACCUGAGGAGCUAGAACUGGUGUUCUGUGGCAGCCCCAAGGAACAUCAACACGGUUGGGACAUCAAAACUCUGCAGGAGUGCUGUCGUCCUGAUCACGGCUACACGGCUGAUUCUAGGGCAGUGAAGUUCUUGUUUGACGUACUCAGCUCGUAUGACGUGCAAGAGAGGCGGAUGUUCGUGCAAUUCUUAACCGGCAGUCCCAGGUUGCCAGUAGGAGGUUUCAAAUCUCUGUCACCGCCACUGACGGUGGUCCGUAAGACGCUGGAACCGAACAUGAAUCCGGACGAUUUUCUUCCAUCUGUGAUGACGUGCGUCAACUACCUCAAAUUGCCAGACUAUUCCAGCAUAGAAGUGAUGCGGGAGAAGCUGCGUCUGGCCGCUUCUGAGGGACAACACUCCUUCUACCUGUCAUAAGCAGCUCCCAGAGGACAGGGUGUUCAAUGCAGCACAUCGUGUGGGUUGUUCUUUUUUCAUGUGCUACGGCUAGAUUGAUGUGAGAUGUGCUAAUGAAAAUCGGUGAUGUUGCCCUUCUAGGAUUUGAACACAGAAGAUGAGCACGAUUCUUACAUUCAAAAGCUGUGAUACUGUGGAGGACCGCUGGGGGAUACGAGAAUAUUAAAUAUCACAUUUUUACAUAGCAUGUUCGAUUACAUUAGCGUUACUUUGGAAACGAUCUGAAUUUAUAAUUCUGGAGGCGUGAUUUUCGGAAUUUUCGCAUUUUGCUAAUAUAGAAAAAAACACGUCACAGUAUAGACCAAGUAGGCCAAGAUUAAGUAUCAUUACCUUCCUCAAGAAAAAGAAUGGUUUAAAUUCAUUUUGUAUCAAAGUUUGUUAAUACACACAUUGGACUAGGGCUAGUUCUUAGCAAUUUGCCGCAAAUACGUUUAAUUUCAUUCCAAAAUUAGUUUUUUGCAUAAUUCGGACACAUCAGCCAAAAAAUGUUAAGUUGGCCGCAAUUCACCGAGACGUUGUUGGGUCAAGUAUACUUACAGGAGUCUUGAAAGAACGUGGUAGCGUGGACAAGUAAAUAUUACUAUUGUCAACACGAUUUUUUUCAUUGAAAUGCCAGCGAGAAUUAAGCCAAAAAAAUAACCUCGAAUUGGAGUAUGGGUUUAUCAGAGUAAACACAGCAUAAGGUCAUAUGGGUGGAGAAGGACCCAGACUUUGAAUCAGAAAAUUUAUAUCUACAUUUUUAUGAAACGACUAAUCUUCAAGAAAAAACGAUUAAGAAACAACAGCCACUAUCAAAAAUGUUUCAACAUUGAAUUAAAUUACAUAAAUGUAAAUUUAAAAAUUUAUAUCAUCUGAUAGAUGAUAGUAUAAAAACUCUUUCGCGAAAAUUGCAUAUAAUAGUAAUCAUUCCUCAUCCGCAUCAUUCACCAUAGAAUUUUAGAUAUUUGUAAUUUACAAUUUACUAUCUUGAAAAAUGGAGGCCAUUAGGUCAUAAUCCAUGCCAUAGACAAUCACGAUAUUUUAGAAAAUUGGUUCAAUAAUUUUGUUAUCCAGAUCGAUUUCCCAAGCUUGAUACGUUUAAUGUAGCUGAACUCGCUAAUACAUAAAAUAUUCAUUCUACAGAAUAAAAUUUAAUUUCUUCUGAUUUGAGCUUUGUAAUUGACUGCUUAUCAUUUACAUGAUUUCUACAGGUUUUUAUUUGUUUUUGGAUUUUACGAAUAUAUUUUUUCAAAUAUUUGUGGUGUUAAAGGGUUACGUAGAAAAUAAUCAAUAUAAAAUGCAUAAUAAAGUACAGUUAUUAAAAAUUGUCAGUAAUCAAUUUAUGGGUUUAUAAUCAGUACUACCUACAUUUCCUGGGAUUCUUUCUACAGGAUGAACACAAGAAGAAACACUGUAUUAGUUAUGAUAUCACCCCCUGAAAUGGUAACUUAAGGUGUAAUUAUUAAAGAACAUGUUACACAUUAAUUUAUAUUUAUCAAUGCAGUGUUUUGUUGAAGUGGUGGGAUUUUUAGGAGGCUAUCCGACUGAUAUGUGCAAUGGACACAAGUGUAUAAUAGUGUUAAGACAUCGCAACGAACAAUUUUAUUUAAAAAUGCUAACUUUCGCAUCUAUUGCCAAAUGUAUAGUUUUACCGUGUCUGCGAUUAUGGCACAAUUAUAUUUAAUUAACAAAAUGUAGUUUUAAUUUGAAAAAUAAUGUUUCAAUAAAUUUGUACACAUUA